UCAAGAAGACAAGAGUUUUCUUUUUUAUGAUGCUAAUAUUAGGGAAAUGGGAAAUGUGAUUCAGAUAAUGAAUAUUGAUUAUCCAAUCAUGAAACACGUGAAAACUAUCUGUCUGGUCUUGGUCGUCUUGCACCUAUCUGCCGCGGCCUACCCUUCAUCCCAAAUCCAAAGAUUGGCCCGCCUCGUUAUGCCCUAUGUCGGAGGCAACCACCACUCUCUAGCUCUGGCACGUUCCCUGGAUGCAUCAUCUUCCCUUGCAAGACGACACAAUGAUGACUCGUCCCAAGACGUUGGAGCGACGGACUUCGAGGACGAGGACGUUGACAGCGUCAGCAAGAGGCAGUUUGACGAUUACGGACACAUGCGAUUUGGCCGCAACGCUGGAGUACCGCAUAAGAAGUUCGAUGAUUAUGGACACAUGCGCUACGGAAAGUAGUUGGAUGAAGAAUUUUGUUUUUUGUAAUCAAGAUGGCUGGUUUUGUUUGUUCUAAACUAAAAAUUUGAGUAGAAGGAUAUUAAAAAAAAUGAUUGUGCUGAAAUUUAUUGUAAAAG